GUUUAAAUGAGCGAUAGAGAGAUCUGGUGAGUUUGUUUGUUAGUUUAAAACCCGGAUGUCGUCGUCCCACGGCCUGUUGUCCUUCACACGUGGGUUUCGGGAGUCUCUGUGGAGGUUCAAGAAUCCCUGCUGUGCCAGUGGCCAUGGAGGAUUGUGAUUUGUACCUGUUGAGAUUCUCCCUCUGUGUGGGGCUGUGUUACAGGGAGCUCGCUGUGGUUUUCUAAGUAUUGAACAGCCUAUUUUCAACCCUCGGGUCGCUUCCCAAAACUGAUCUUACCUGAGAAGGAAGACCAGAGGAGAAGGAGAUCAAGGAGUCAGAAAUGAUUCCUUCCGAGGCUAAUUCUCUAAAGCAUGGAAACCUGCCGAGCUCACUUUCUCACCCGGACUUUCAAGAGUUCCUCGAGAGGAUGCCCUGUGCCUUCGGACAGCUGACAUUCUGGGAUGUGGCCAUAGACUUCACUCAAGAGGAGUGGGAAAGCCUGGACCUCGGUCAGCGGGAAUUGUACACGGAUGUGAUGUUAGAGAACUACGGGAACCUGGCCUCCUUGGGGCUUGUCUCUAAGCUGGACCUGGUCGCCUUUCUGGAGCAAUUGAAGUAUCCCAGGAAUAUAAGGAGAAUGGAGACAACAGCCAUUCACCCAGCCUUUUCUGCACAAGACACCCAGAAUUUGAUGCCGAAGAAUCCAGCAUUAGAAGAUGUGUUCCCAAAAGCAAACCUAGGAAUAUAUCACAUAUUUCACCUCAGAAACUUAAAUUUAAGGAAAGUCUGGGAAUAUACAUGGGUAUAUGAAAGACAGAGAGAAUGUUUAUAUGGACAUAAAGAAAUGAAGACAGUUACACAGAUUUCUAACAUUACUGGAAAAAGAAUUGAGCGACCUGAGUCACGUUGGGAAAAACACCCACUUCAGUCUUCAACAUUUGCCAAGAUGUGUAAGUGUUUAAGAAAAGAUUUUCAUCCUUUUUUGAAACAUACAUGUUCUCUAAAAGGAAACGUGAAAUAUCUGGGAGGUAAUCUUGUCUCUACUGCAAAUACUCAUUCAGACAAUUCUGAACAUAGGCUUCGACUAAACAUACAUUCAAGCAUGUCUGAACACCUACAAUUUAACAAUGAGUGGGAAAACUCACAAUCUAAUCAAUUUGAGGGAUCCGUGAGCAGGGGCUCAUUUUUCUUCCCCCAACAGAUAUUUUCUCUCCAUUCCAAGAUGUAUAAUGUUGAUGAUACCGGAAGAGAUGCAAUCCAACCAUCAUUGUUCAAUACAUAUUGUGAUAUGGUCAGUACACAACAACUUUCCGUGUGUAAUAAAAUGAGUCAGACCUUAAGUAAGAGCUCCAGCUCCAAUAAUUACAAGAGUAUUUCUGGUGGACUGAGAAGGUAUUCAGGCAAUGAACCUGGGUAUACGGUUGAAGGAGACUCCAACCUUAAGAAACAUCAGGGACCCAAAUCUUCUAACAAGGAUUCUACAAGUAAUAAAUGUAGAAAUGCCUUUGAUCAAAUGUCAGGUUUUUCUCUCGAUAAGAGAACUUGUACUGAAGAGGGGACUUGUACUGAAUAUGGUAUGGUUUUUAAUCACUCUUCAGAACUUAUUCAACCACAGACUGUUCAGAACUCACAGAAAGAAAACAAGUGUAAGAUAUGUGGGAAACUGUUUAGUAAAUCAUGCCAUCUAAGGAGACAUAAGAAAAUUCAUACAGGAAGGAAACCUUUCCAAUGUACACAAUGUAGCAAAGUGUUUAAGCAUCGCUCACUUCUUACUAAACAUCAGCGAAUUCACACUGGAAAGAAAGAUUAUAAAUGUGCAGAAUGUGGCAAAGCCUUUAUUUACAACUCACAUCUUAUUGAACACCAGCAAAUUCAUACUGGAGAGAAGCCUUAUAAAUGUAAAAAAUGUGACAAAGCCUUUAGUCGUCCCUCACGUCUUGCUGGACAUGAGCGAAUUCAUUCUGGGGAGAGACCUUAUAAAUGUAAAGAAUGUAACAAAACAUUUACUAAGUGCUCAAAUCUUAUUAGACAUCAGCAAAUUCAUUCUGGGGAGAGACCUUAUAAAUGUCAAGAAUGUAACAAAACAUUUACUAAGCGCUCAAAUCUUAUUCAACAUCAAAGAAUUCAUUCUGGGGAGAGACCUUAUAAAUGUCAAGAAUGUAACAAAGCCUUUAUUCAAUACUCACAUCUUACUCGACAUCAGCGAAUUCAUACUGGAGAGAAGUCUUAUAAAUGUAAAGAAUGUAACAAAACCUUUAUUGAAUGUUCACAUCUUACCCGACAUCAGGAAAUUCAUACUGCAGAGAGACCUUAUAAAUGUAAAGAAUGUAACAGAGCCUUUAUUCAGUGCUCGCAACUUACUCAACAUGAGCGAAUUCAUACGAGAGAGAAGCCUUAUAAAUGUAAAGAAUGUGACAAAGCCUUUCGUCGUCCCUCACUUCUUACUGGACAUGAGCGAAUUCAUUCUGGGGAGAGACCUUAUAAAUGUAAAGAAUGUAACAAAACAUUUAUUCAUUGCUCACAUCUUACUCGACAUGAGCGAAUUCAUUCUGGGGAGAGACCUUAUAAAUGUAAAGAAUGUAACAAAACAUUUAUUCAUUGUGCACAUCUUACUCGACAUCAGCAAAUUCAUUCUGGAGAGAGACCUUAUAAAUGUCAAGAAUGUAACAAAGCCUUUAUUCAAUACUCCCAUCUUACUCGACAUAAGCGAAUUCAUACUGGAGAGAAGACUUUUAACUGUAAAGAAUGUAACAAAGCCUUUACUACGAAUUCGGCCCUUACUCAACAUCACCGAAUUCAUACCGGGGAUAGACGUUAUAAAUGUACAGAAUGUGGCAAGGCCUUUUUUAACGUUUCUAGUCUUACUAAACAUCAGCGAACCCAUACUGGGGAGAGACCGUAUAAAUGUACAGAAUGUGGCAAAACCUUUAAUCAGAACUCAAUUCUUACUACACAUUUGCGAGUUCAUACUGGAGAGAAACCUUAUAAAUGUACAGAAUGUGGCAAAGCCUUUAGUGAUAGUGGUAAUCUCACUAAACAUCUGAGAACACACACUGGAAAGAAACCCUAAUAAUGGAACAAGUGAUGGAAGAGGUUUGCCCUGAACAUGCAUCUGAAAACACAAGAGUUUAUGUAAGAAACCUAUGGGAAUGAUGUAACAAAUAUGUAGAAAGGUUGUUAAUCAAAAGUUAAAUCAAAGUAAAUAUCAGAGAUUGCAUACUAGAAGGCAUUUCAUCAGUUUUGUUUGCAGAGGUUUCUCUGAAGGAGGAUGACUGUAGGGAGUACUCCAUAGUUAAAACACAUAGAAGAUGGAUGUAUUAGCAUGAAUCAUGUGAUGAAGAUUUAUGGUUAGAAAGUUACAAUUCUUAGCAAUGUAUGUAUUCUUGUUAGUAAUGACAUGAUUUGAGAUUAUUUGAAGUGAAUGUAAUUCAGCACUCAAAUAAUCCGUACAGUGCUCACCAGAAUCCUUGUCUUGGUUUGAAUGGAUGAAUCCACACUCAGCCUAGGGAGUCCGAGGCACUUUACUCAGGGUAACUUAUAAAAGCUGAACUGCAAGUACUCCUGUUUUCUCUGCCUGAUUCCAGCUUUGACCUCUCUCAGAAACUCCUGCCCUAAAUCCUCCCCUACAGAGAGGUCUUAGGUGUGGUGAGUGUGAGGCUUUGAGCUCAGAACUCCUGAACAUUGGUUUUGGGGAAGAAAUAUCAGAACAAAAUGGGAUUUGCUGAUGACUCCUUUCAUGGCCCCACUGUAGACCUGCAGAUUCAUAACUUCUUGGAAUGGGGACCUGGGCACCAGGGAUUUGUAUUCAUUGAAAUGGUUCAGAAAGAAUCUUUAGCCAAGUGGUUUCCAUCUGGUUUCCCAUCAGGAUCAUGUGACCAGUGUCAGGAAAUGACCUCACUGAUGCCCUCCCAACAGAGUUCUAUUUUGGUCCUGUGGGAGCAUCAGUGUGGUGUGUUGUAUGUGCUCCAGGGGAUUCUAAGGGGAGGCCCAGGAUAAGGACUUGGCUCCUGGUCCACUUGUGAGAGCUGAGGCCCAGCUUCAGUCCCAGGAGAGGCCUCAGGGUUGGUCUAGCUGGAUUUGGACCGGGGAAGUCAGUCAGCUCACACCGUCUGUGUGAGCAGAGUGUUAGCAGCUAUCUCUGGGGAGAAAACAAUCAAUAAAUUAGCUCACAGGCUGGUCUCCAGGUAGGAAUUAAUUGUUCCUGAAUCUCUCCUGAGACAGAGGACAGGAGAGGUUGUUCUUCUCAGCUUUUCAAGGUCUUUCUGUCUAGUGAGAGAGUCAUUUCCUAGGCAGGUUGAGAAGAAGCUUGGGGGUCCCCAAGGAAAGAGGGGUCUGGAAUUCUCAAGCAAGAAGAAAGGACAAACUUUUUUCUUUCCUCUACAUUCCUUAGGAUUAUAUAACAAUAAUGUAUCCUGAAAAAAAAAAAAAAUGUAUCCUGCCUGAGGACAGUC